AUGUUCCCCUCGUCAGCGGCGAUGCUGAAGAAUCUGCAACAAAGUGCAAUGACCUCGCCCUUCUUAAUGGAGAAUCUCCUCCAAAGUAAGGCCUCGUCGGGAACGGACUUGACUAGUCUGACCUUGAACUGGGCGGCUAGUUUGGUAGCACGACAGCGGGAGAGAGAAUGCGAGGCUAAUCUAAGAAUCGGUAGAGAGAGAUCGUCUCCGACACCACCGAGUAUUAGUCAAGAACACUCCGAACAGCAAAGAAUGUCGAUGAUUGUUGGAUCACGAGGAAUUGAUCGAUCCGGUUCAAUGAUGGAUUGCAGGGAUCAUCAACGAGCUAACAACAAUAACAAUAACAACAACGGUAGUAGUAGUAGUAGUAGUAGUGGUGGUGGUGGUAGAUUGGAACGUCAAAUUCAACGGGACGAGAGGAUGCAAUUCCUUCGGGGCAAGGAACCUCUGGAGAGAGGUCAGAACUCGUACGUCGACGUUGAUAGCGAGAGAGAGUCUCAUAAUAAUGUCGUCGAGCGUCUGUGCGCGAUGGAGAGACUCUGCAACGAGAGGAUCGAGAAUCGAUCAAACUCGGCCAUGGACUCGUGCAACUCGAAUGCCGAAGAGGAUCGUGUCUCCACGGAGAUGGACGGUGGUCUCCACAGCGAGAGAGAUCGCGAGGAUACGGGGAUUCUCCAUGCGGAUAGACGCUACGACCUUGGGUGCAGAAACGUCAUGCACACGUCCGACGAUAUGACGAUUCACGGAGAGAGGGAAGCCUCAGUGAACAGCGAGCGUGGACUCGACAGGAUAGGCGAGAGGACGACCGCCUGUUCCUGCGGCGACGAGCAAUGUUUGGGGCCUGCCUGUAGAACCAUACAGGAGAAGGAGAAGCCGCAGCUCAAGUUCAGCGUCAAUGCGAUACUAGGAGGCAAUCACGACAGGAGACCGCAUCCUGAAAACUUUCAAGGACUACCACCGGAAGCUAUACCCGCCUUCUUGCAAAAUUUGCAAAAUUCGGCAGGAUACAACAUAGCCAAGCCCAUAGCAAGGCCUGCUGCUUAUCAUCCUUAUCACAGGCCAAGUCAUCAACCACCACAGCGUCAUUUGCCACCAAACGCUCAUCACACUCUUCAGCAAUUAUUUUACAGAGGCCCUUAUUUAACCGUCGCAAAUUCUGGUACUGGAACUCAUCAUCCAGCGGCACCAGGCGGUGGAGCUGCUUUUCCUGGAGCUAUUCAAGGUGGUCUAGGUGAUUUUGCUGGAACAGGAUUGGUCUUUCCAUGGGCGACCAACGCUCGUGGUAAACCACGAAGGGGUAUGAUGAGGAGAGCGGUUUUCUCGGAUCUUCAAAGACGUGGACUUGAGAAAAGGUUCCAAAUACAAAAGUAUAUCAGUAAACCUGAUCGCAAGAAGCUCGCGGAAAAGCUUGGCCUUAAAGAUUCUCAGGUGAAAAUCUGGUUCCAAAAUCGACGAAUGAAAUGGCGUAAUAGCAAAGAAAGAGAACUUUUAGCUACAGGAGGCUCCCGUGAACAAACUUUGCCAAACAAGAACAAUCCCAAUCCGGAUUUGAGUGAUGCCGAUGGCGACAGACCAAGAAUGGACCUUAGCGACGUGAGUCCUUUGACGAGUCCGCAGAGACCGGAAGAACAAACUGAAAAUGAGGAGGACGAGGAAAUCAAUGUCACGUGAUAAGACUCCGACGAAGGAUUUUUAUUAUAGGUUGAAACGUUAAAACGGACUACGAAAACGUGGAGAAUCUGAAUUUUUUACUUCAAUUUUCUCAAUCGUAAGAAAAUGGAACAAAGCUACGGACUCUUUCUUUUAUACCCUUUUUUUCGGCCUCAACGUUAACAAAUUCUU